UUACAGCCAUUUCCGGUGCAAGCGGCCUCAAAUGGUUAUGGCGGCCCUGAGAACUCCAGUGUCGCUAUGGAAGUUCCUGAUAGUCUCUCGCGGCAUGGAGCCGGUCUGUAUCCGAGCCCAAACCCAGCUUCAGGCGGAUGCUCUGUUUCAACCGCUGCUACUCCCCGUCGCGGUGGGGCUUCCACGCCGUCGGCUCAGCUCCGGCGUCGCAGAAUCUGGUACAUCAAAGAUCAAGAAACCUACAUUUAUGGAUGAAGAAGUCCAAAACAUCCUUAUCAAGAUGACAGGCUUGAAUUUGGAGAAGGUUUUUAAGCCGGCUAUACAAGAACUAAAACCACCAACCUAUAAGCUAAUGACACAGGCCCAGUUGGAAGAGGCUACCAGAAAGGCAGUUCAGGCAGCUAAAGUACGAUUAAAAAUGCCACCAGUUAUGGAAGAACGAGCACCAAUAAAUGAUGUGUUAGCAGAAGACAAGAUUUUGGAAGGGACAGAAACAGCGAAACACGUGUUUACAGAUAUAUCAUAUAACAUACCACACCGGGAGCGCUUUAUUGUUGUAAGAGAACCAAGUGGCACACUACGCAAAGCUUCUUGGGAAGAACGGGACCGGGUGAUACAAGUUUAUUUUCCCAAAGAAGGUCGUAAAGUUUUGCCACCAGUAAUUUUUAAGGAAGAAAACCUUAUGACGAUGUACAACCGAGACCGACAUGUUGACGUCCUUAAUCUUUGCGUUGCCCAGUUUGAACCAGAUUCGGCUGAGUACAUCAAGGUUCAUCACCAGACCUAUGAAGAUAUCGAUAAACAUGGGAAGUAUGACCUUUUACGUUCAACAAGACACUUUGGUGGAAUGGCUUGGUAUUUUGUAAAUAAGAAAAAGAUUGAUGGUUUGCUGAUUGACCAGAUUCAGAGAGACUUAAUUGAUGAUGCUACCAGCUUGGUCCAGCUGUAUCACAUGCUCCAUCCAGAUGGCCCAUCAGCUCAAGAGGCCAGAGAGCAGGUUGCUGACGGAAUACAUUUAAUUAAGGUUUCUCUUGAAUCCAGUUCACUUUGGUCUAGCAGGACGUACAAGUCUUUGCAAAAACAGAAGCACAGAGGGGUGCGUAUAUAGAAUUAGCACUUCAGACUUAUCAAGAAGCAUUCAUUAGCCAUUCUGCAGCUUCGUGAAAAUAUUUUAAAAUUACAUUUCAUUUUAUAAAAACAAGCUACUUGUCUCCUUAUUAAUAGUAAGAUGAAUGUUUAAAAAAUGACAAUAAAAAGAUACUGAUUUGUA